GCAUGUCAAUUCGUUUCCUGUGAUUGGUGUAGGAGUUGCGAGGAAGUCUUUGGUUGAGAACGAGAAGGUGACGGUGACGGUAGUUCGGAUUCCAUUAGCAAGCGAAAUGGACGCCGUUAUGUUGCUCGUCAAUUCGUAGUCUUAAUUGAAGGGUGCUGUAAGCAGUGCUCUACUUUUUUAUAUCAGAACCUUUAUUUAAUAUCUGUGUAUUCAGUUAUUUUACUUUUUUAUAAGAUGUCUUUUUCUUCUACUUAAAAUUUUACUACAAGCCACUUCUUAGUAUGGCGGUCGUUAACAAGCAGUUGCGGUGAUCUAGAACCCUUGGAAUAGAAUUCAGUUUUAGUGUGUUACUUUAGAUCUUUAUCCUCUGAUUAUUUUUAUUAAUUGGAUAGUUCAAGACCCACAAAUCUACCAUGGUGAAAGAGAAACCUGGUUCUACAAGAAUCUACGACGAGGAUGGAUUUAGGAGAAGGGCUGCCUGUAUUUGCGUGAGGAGUGAAUCAGAAAAUGAGGUUCUGCUGGUAACAUCAUCUAGCCAGGCUGACCACUGGAUCGUACCAGAGGUAGGGGUGGAGUCAAGACACCUUUUGUUGAUAAUAUGAAGGGAUAUUCACUCU